ACCGGGACCGGGAUGGGGUUGGGGAGGGGACAACCGGGCCCGGGAUGGCGCCGGGGAAAGUGACGAUCGAGACCGGAAUGGAGCUGGGGAGGGGACAACCGGGACCGACCGGGCUGGGGACAACCGGGACCGGGAUGGAGCUGGGAAAAACCGGGACCGACCGGGCUGGGGACAACCGGGACCGGGAUGGAGCUGGGAAAAACCGGGACCGACCGGGCUGGGGACAACCGGGAGCAGGAUGGCGCGGGGAAAAACCGGGACCGACCGGGCUAGGGACAAACGGGACCGGGAUGGGGCUGGGAAAAACCGGGAACAACCGGGACCGGGCUGGGACUGGGUGGGGACACAACGGGCACCGGGCUGGGAACGGCGCGGGGGGAGCACCGGGACCGCGCUGGGUUCACGGAAGGGCAGAAGCGGAGCGGAAACCGAGCGCGGUUGUGUCGCAGCAGAGCUCCCCGAUUUUCGCUUUCUCCGGCAGCGUCAUCGGAGCCGUUUCCCGGUACCCGGUGCCCGCCCCAGCCGCGCUCUCCCGUCCCGCUGCCGCCGCCGCGAUGCUGCUGCUCCGGGCCAUGGCCGGCCGCAGGCUCCCGCCGCUGAUGCAGCUGCCCCGCGGCUGCUCCCGGUUGGCCGCCGGUAGCGCGGCCCCGGAGGGACCCCGGGAAGCGACACCGGGGGGACACCGGGAAGCGACACCGGGGGGACGCCGAGGAGCGGCCCCGGUGCUGGCGGCGCUGCUCGGGCUCGGGGUCGUCCUGGCCUACGGAGAGCGGCGGCGGAGGACCGCCCAGGCCGCCCGGGCCACCCCCGCCCCGCAGCUCCCCCGUUACACGCGGGCGGAGGUGGCGCAGCACCGCACCCCGAAGGAUCGCGUGUGGGUCACCUACGGCACCGACGUGUUCGACGUUACCGAAUUCGUGGAGCUGCACCCGGGGGGACCGGACAAGAUCCUGCUGGCGGCCGGGGGAGCCCUGGAGCCCUUCUGGGCUCUCUACGCCGUUCACAGCCAGCCGCACGUCCUGGAGCUGCUCCGCGAUUACAAAGUGGGCGAGCUGAGCCCCGAGGACGCCGCGGCGCCGCCACCGGGGGACACCGCGGACCCGUUCGCCGGGGACCCCCCGCGCCACCCGGCGCUGCGGGUGAACAGCUUGAAGCCUUUUAACGCCGAGCCGCCACCGGAGCUGCUGACCCAGAGCUUCCUGACGCUCAACGAGCUUUUCUUCACCCGGAACCACCUCCCGGUGCCCGCCGUGGAGCCGGGAUCCUACCGGCUGCGCGUCGAGGGGCCCGGUGGCCGCGCGUUGUCGCUGUCGCUGUCGGAGCUGCGACAGCGCUUCCCGAAGCACGAGGUGACGGCCACGCUGCAGUGCGCCGGUAACCGGAGAUCCGAGAUGAGCCGCGUCCGGCCGGUCAAAGGGCUGUCGUGGGAUAUCGGUGCCAUCAGCACGGCGCGCUGGGGCGGAGCCCGGCUCCGGGACGUGCUGCUGGCCGCCGGUGUCCGCGACAACACCGGGGACGGCGAGUGGCACGUGUGCUUCGAAGGGCUGGACGUGGACGCUUCGGGGACGCCGUACGGAGCGUCCAUCCCGUUAAAACGGGCGCUGAGCGCCGAGGCCGAGGUGCUGCUGGCGUACGAGAUGAACGGGCGGGAGCUGCCGCGGGAUCACGGCUUCCCGGUGCGCGUGGUGGUGCCCGGUGUGGUCGGGGCGCGGAGCGUGAAGUGGCUGCGGAGCGUGGCGGUGUCGCCGUCCGAGAGCCCGAGCCACUGGCAGCAGAACGACUACAAGGGGUUCUGUCCGUCCGUGGAUUGGGAUUCCGUGGAUUUCGGGGCCGCGCCCGCCAUCCAGGAGCUGCCGGUGCAGUCGGCGAUCACCGAGCCCCGGCCCGGAGCCGCCGUGCCCGCCGGGGAGCUGACGGUGAAGGGAUACGCGUGGAGCGGAGGAGGACGGGAGGUGGUCAGGGUGGACGUGUCCCUGGACGGGCCGGCCGUGGCGCUAUCCCGGCCCCGUGGGGCCACUGGGACCUGCGGGGUCCUGAGCAACGCCUGGCACCGCGUCAGCGCCACUGUCACCAAGUACAACGUCCAGCCCGACACCGUGGGGCCCAUCUGGAACCUGCGCGGGGUCCUGAGCAACGCCUGGCACCGCGUCAGCGUCACCGUCACCAAGUGAGGGACACUGGGGACACUGGGGACACAGCAGGGACAUUGGGGACAUUGGGGACACAGCAGGGACAUUGGGGACAUCAGAGGUACGACGUCCAACCCGACACCGUGGGGCCCAUCUGGAACCUGCAUGGGAUCCUCAGCAACGCCUGGCACCGCGUCAGCGUCACUGUCACCCAGUGAGGGACACCAUUGCAGCCUAGGGGACAUUGGGGACAUUGGGGACAUCUGGAACCUGCGCGUGUCCUGAGCAAGGCCUGGCACCGAGUCAACGUCACCAUCACCAAGUGAGGGACAUCCUUGGGGACAUCAGGACAUCGUGGACACAGCAGGGUCCUGAGCAAGGCCUGGCACUGGGUCAGUGUCACCGUCACCCAGUGAGGGACAGCACUGGGGACAUCGGGGAUCCCUGGAGAUCAAUGGGAUCUGUGGAUCCUAAAGGAUUCCAUGGCCCCAGAGUGUCCUGCAGACCCCAAAUCAUCCUACAGAGCCCAACGGGCCCUCCAGACCCCAAAAUGUCCUAUAGACCCUAAAAUGUCCUACAGACCCCAAUGGGUUCCAUGGUCCCAAAGUGUCCUGCAGACCCUAAAACAUCCUACAGACCCCAAAAGGUCCUGCAGAGCCCAAAGUGUCUUCUGGACCCCAAAGAGUCCUAGAGACCCCAAUGGGUUCCAUGGCCCCAAAAUAUCCUACAGACCCCAAUGGGUCCUACAAACCCCAAAAUGUCCUACAGACCCCAGAGUCCUACAGACCCCAAAUCAUCCUACAGACCCCAAUGGGUCCUACAAACCCCAAAAUGUCCUACAGACCCCAAUGGGUCCUACAAACCCCAAAAUGUCUUACAGACCCCAGAGUCCUACAGACCCCAAAUCAUCCUACAGACCCCAAUGGGUUCUACAGACCCCAAUUCACCCUACAGACCCCAAUCGGU